UACAUCACAAGACGUACUUUCAUAUUGUAUAUAUUUGUAUUGUAGAUAUAAAUAAUUUUCCUUAUAAACUUGAUCAAAGUUUAUGGAGUUUAACUUUUCAGAAUAUCUAUAAGUACUACUCGCCGCCGGCUAGCCUACCGGACUAGUGGCAUCAGUGGUCAAAAGUAAACUGCCUCAGCCAAGUUCAUAGCCCCAUCGCCGCAUGGCGUCCUCCUCCCCUCCGCACGUCGUGGAGGAUAUGCGCCCUUUCCUCCAGCUCCUCAGCGACGGCACGGUGAUUCGUUUCCCGGACUACAACCCGCUCCCUUCCCCGUCCCCGCCGCCCGACCAGCCCGUUGUCGAGUGGAAGGACGUCGUGUACGACGCCGACCACAACCUCAAGCUCCGCGUGUACAAGCCACCGGCGGCCUCCUGUGGCGAGAAGCUCCCGGUGCUUGCCUACUUCCACGGCGGCGGGUACUUCAUGGGCAGCUUCGAGAUGCCCAACUUCCACGCCUGCUGCCUCCGCCUCGCCGGCGAGAUCCCGGCCGUGGUGCUGUCCGCGGACUACCGCCUCGCCCCGGAGCAUCGCCUCCCCGCGGCCCUCGACGACGCGGCGACCUUCCUGUCCUGGGUGCGCGGGCAGGCGGCGGCCGAGAGCGCCGACCCCUGGCUCGCGGGGUCGGCGGAUUUGAGCCGGGUGUUCGUUUGCGGCGACUCGGCCGGCGGGAACAUCGUCCACCACAUGUCCGUCCGUCUCGGGCUGGGCAGCCUCAGCCUCGACCCCGCGCGCGUCGCCGGGUGCGCGAUGCUCUGCCCGCUGUUCGGCGGGGCGCCGGCGUGCGACCAGCUGUGGCGCCUGGCGCUGCCGCCGGAGUCCACGAGGAACCGCGACCACCCGCUGGCCAACCCAUUCGCGCCCGGGGGCCCGGCGCUGGACGGCGUCGUGCUCCCGCCGAUGCUCGUGGUGGCCGCCGAGCGCGACCAGCUGCGCGGCCCAACCGCGGACUACGUCGCGAGGUUGAAGGCGAUGGGGAAGCCGGUGGAGCUCGUGGAGUUCGAGGGGCAGGACCACGGGUUCUUCGUCAUCGAGCCGUACGGCGACGCCGGAAGCGGCGUGGUCCGGGCCGUCAAGCGAUUUGUGUGCGACGACGGCUAGACCCGUGGUCCGGUUUUACAGUUCUCUCCUGGGUUUUGCGAUUCAGUUACGAAACUUCUACUACUAUCUCUCUUUGUUUUACUACUACUACUAAAA